AUGAGGCCUGGACAGACCUCCCCACUACAACAUCGCAAAAGACGAGAGGAAAGAAAAGUAGAGCUACCAGACACCUUCCCUGAAAAAGUCCUUGAAAUAGAAUCAUGGAUCGACAAAGGAGAAUUUAUCAAAGAGGAUUUGGAUGAACUUAUGUUAAUAUAUUCUCAAGUUGUAGAAUACUACAACAGUAUCAACAGCGAUAAGGCGAGUUAUUAUGCUGAUAGGAUACAAGCAACACUUAUGAAACCCAACGUGCUUGAAAGGAUGAUGCUCACCUCUAAAGAUCCUCAGAAACUACUCCAAAAAGAUCAGGAAAUUAUUUCUAAAAGAAAGCAAGAAAAGAAUAUGGAUCAUCAUCAGAAAUCUAUCAAAAAGGCACAAGAGUAUAACAGAAAGAAGAAAGAACGAAGUCAUCAGAUGACUGUCAGAGAAGAGAACAAAAUUAAAGAAAAGAAACAGACACUAGAAAAGAUUAUAGAGGAAACUCAUAAAGCUGAGGACACUAGUGUGGACCAAGUAGCCAAAGACCUUAUCAAGCAGAGUACUGACUUGCAAAAGAGACUAGCUGAAAGAAGGAGAAAGAAGGGCUUCAUCAACAGUUGCAAAAACGCAAACUCCAAGUCAUUCUUUAGGUUUGAAUCAGCCACUCUUGGUAAUAGGUUUGAAAGAGAGAAUAGUAGUAAUAUGCAAAAUAUGAGUAUUAUUAAAAGAGAAGCUAGUGACAUUGAAGAUGACGAGAGCUUUAAUAUGGAUAUAUUCAAUAAGUUGCCAGAUACCACAACCUCAACCUUUAACAUUACUACUAAAACACCUUAUGUGCCACCUCACAAGAAUCUUAGGAUUGAGACUUCCCUCAGCGAGGAAGAUGAGGAGGAUGAAAGCGAGGAUGAGCUUCUUGAAGAAAAUCUUAAAGACAUCUGGAAUCAAUGUGAAAAUGUGUUUGAAACUAUCCAAGUAGAAAAAGAAGAAGCCACAAAUAAUUUCAUCGAGGAGCUUACUGCCAAGAAAUUUGAGAAAAUUGCUGAGCUUAAAGCUGAAAUGAAAAUUCGGUUGUCCCAAACUCAUGAUGUAAAAGAACAAUCUUUGGUUAAAGAAGAAUAUAUGAAUAUGAUAACUACUGUAGAGAAAGACUCUCAGAGAGAAAAGGAAGAAGGACUAUCAGAUAUCAAAAAGAGAUUCUUCAGGAGGAAGAAAUCUAUCAUGGGCAAGUUGGAUUAUGAGGGUGCAAAGUCUAAAUUAAAGGCAUCUCUACAGUCCAAGAACAUGAGUUUCAUUUCAACUCCCUCCUCUCACUCUUUCACUAUGUCACCUUUUGAAGAGUCAUCUAAAAAGGCAACUCAAGCUGGAGGCUUCGUCACAAAAGAGUAUGCUAUUAAGCCAAACAAUAAAAAUCAGCUCUCACCUUGCUUCGCUCCUCCCAAGAACAUGCCCAAGACUCCAACUCGGAUGGUAAAGAUAGACUUUGGGCUGACGGCUGCUCCAAAAUCUGAAUUUGCUCUUAAGUAA